GUUUUUCUACCUUCUUUCUUUGAGCAGCUGUGUUGAAAUAACCUUAAUGAUAUUAUUUUGUGUUUCUUUACAAAAACCGCAAUAAUACUGAAUUUAUCAACGCGUUUUGCGAUUUAUAGAGUCUUGACAUUUCAAGCCGGUUAAAUGGACUGUAAUUAACUUGAUUGUUUCCAGUCGGUACUGUUUUUCUCGCCGUACCGCCGGGGUUUGUAGUUCGCUACAAACCCUGGCGGGGUUCGAACCUUCAAGAAUUAAGAGUUGCAGACGGCAGAAAAGGACUACAACUCCCAGCGUUCAGAGGAUGAAUAUGACGUAAGAGCUGAAGAUACGUUCGCGUAAUUUUAAAAAUGAUAUUUUUCGCUGUAGCGCAGUCAAAGGUGUAACCUACAAGAGAUUUGAAGUAUAAGAAGCAUAUUUUUCAUUUUGGUUACAUCUCUGGUUGAUACGUUUUACCGUUUCUUUUCACUUGUAAGGGUUUUUGUUAAGUUUUUGACACUAUGUAUACUCAACAAGAACACGGAGAAUUCAGACCUCCCAUGUUUCUUCACCGAGUGACCUCCUUCACUUCCUGCAUUCGUCCCAGAGGGCAUCCUGCUCUCCCCUGGGCCUCCUCCCACUACCAACCAUUCGCCCCUCACCCUCCUCCAUGGUGGUCAGCCCCCAGAUUCCCACCCUGGCCUCCUCAUUUUCCCCCACCAUACCCACCUCCUUGUCCACUGUUCAGUGGUAACAGAUUCCACUUUGCCAACACUGGUGGUCUACAGUCAUUCCACACCUCUGUGGAUGUCAUGAUGGAGCGUUCCAGCAGAGGACCUCCAACCAAACGAUUGAAAAGUGGAGAGGACAGGAAGAGUGUUUGGGAAAAUGUAUCAUCCAGGGAUGGAGGAACGAGGGAAACGAGGGCCAAAGCCAGGGAGAGGGAGUCAAAGCAGGAGCAUCAUCACUGGGAUUUCAGAAGAGACGGCGAACUUCCAGCGAACCACCAGUCCAGAAUUGGAGAGAAACCAAAAACCGGAGCCGAGAGAGUUUGCAGCAGUGAAAGGACUAAAUGUGAGAGAAAAAGCAGCAGUGACAGAACUAAAAACCAGCAUUCACAAGCUGCAGGAUCCAGGACUGAGCAGGAGAAACCCAACGUCUGGUACCGAGGCAGGCCUGCUGAGGAGCAGUGGAGCCUUCAGCAGAACCAAACCUGGUCGGCAGAACCUGACGAGGUUGGCGGUGUCGAUGCAGGGAGAUGGGCGGGGCUUCAGUACCAGCCCUCCAGUUCUAUUCAAGCAGACGGACGAUUUCCACAACAACCUCCACACCCAGUUAAAAGUCUUCAGAGGUACUGGGAGACCUGCAGUACUGAAACCCAGCCACCAGAGGACAGCAGAGUCUUUGACUUCUCUGUGAUGUCCUACAACAUCUUAUCCCAGGAUCUGCUGCAGGAUAACGCCUACCUGUACCGACACUGUGACCCUGCUGUUCUGCCCUGGCCGUACCGGCUGCCCAACCUGCUGGCAGAGAUCCAGCAGCACAACGCCGACAUUCUGUGUCUUCAGGAGGUCCAGGAGGAUCAUUAUGAGAACCAGAUCAAACCGGCUCUACAGGCGUUAGGGUACCAGUGUGAAUAUAAGAAGCGGACAGGGAAGAAACCAGACGGUUGCGCCAUCACCUUUAAAUCCUCCCGCUUCUCGCUCGUCUCCUCAACGCCGGUGGAGUUCUAUCGCCAUGGCGACGCCCUCCUGAAUCGGGACAACGUGGGCAUGGUGGUCGUGCUGCAGCCAAACGCCGGCGCCGCCCGGUCCGACGCGUCCUGCUCCAUCUGUGUGGCCAACACUCACCUGCUCUACAACCCUCGCCGUGGCGACAUCAAGCUGGCUCAGCUGGCCAUCCUAUUGGCCGAGAUCGGCCGGCUGUCCCGCCUCCCUGACGGCUCCACCAACCCAGUGAUCCUCUGUGGGGACUUUAACUCGGCGCCGUGGAGCCCACUGUACCACUUCCUGAUCACAGGCUCUCUGAAGUACAAAGGGAUGCAGAUUAACAUGGUGUCGGGUCAGGAAAUGAGUCCCAGAGGUCACCGUUUCCUCACCCCUCCCAUCUGGUCCCCCGGACUGGGAAUCAACCAGUGCUGCCAGUAUGAGAGCAAACCAACAGAGGAGCCGCGUCCCAGCAGCCCUGCAGCUGUGGAAGGAGGAAUCUCUAACCUGACGGUUGAAGAUCCGGCCCCUGGAGUCUCAGCUGAUGUUACCAGGUCAGAGCCGAACUGCUCCAGAUACAGGAUCAAACAUGACCUGAAGCUGCAGUCGUCUUACGGGCACCGCCUGCUGCCGGACGGCCGCCCUGAGGUCACCACCAGCCAUUCACGCACAUCCCUGACCGUGGACUACAUCCUGUACAGCUCAGAUAUAAAUGCAACGCCUUUACUUCCUGGUGGGCGGGGCCUCCAGCUGCUGAGCAGGCUGUCAUUGGUUGGCCAAUCAGAGCUGGAGGAAAUCCACAGACUUCCCAACUGGCACCACUCAUCGGACCAUCUUCCUCUCCUGGCCAGCUUCCGCCUUGGUCCAGACAGUUUCACAUGAAGGAAAAACUGGAUUCAAUCCAACCUUUAGAAAAAAAAUCUGUUUAAUUUGUUUCAGAAAACUGAAACAAAUAACAUCUUGUAUGGUUUUAAAUAGAGAAGAAUUUUUAUUGCUGCCGCUCGUACGUUUCCAUACGGAGUUCAGAAUUUGCACAAAGACUUUAUAAUUUCAUGUCUCCAUGGUGAUGCAUUUACAAAAUAAGUUUAGAAAAUAUAUUUGCAGACAUGCUGACCCCGAACAUUUAAAAAAAAAAACCCAAGAUGCUAAGUUCAAUAUGCAGAAAUGAACCAACAUGUUUGACUUAGACAACAAAUUUCAUCAUAAAUAUGAUGAAAUUUGUUUGUUUAUUAUCUAGUUGGAUUUUUGUUUAUUAUAGAUUGAUGGCAGCUGAUGAAAAUUCAGAUUCAUCAUCUUCUUUGCUCCACUGAUAACAUUUAAUACUCACAUCAGUCAGAAUAUUUUUCAUUUCCCUUUGGGAUCAAUAAUGCAUUUUUGAAUUGAAUUUGACUGAAUGGAGAUGGUUUGUUUUUUUGUUUGUUUGUUUUUUUUUCUAACUUUAAAAAUUUGAGGUUAAAUGUAUUUGUAAAAUGAUACGUUUAACACAUUAGCUGCUGGUCUAACACCAGGAAUUAUGCAGUUAAGUGUGUUUUAUUUUAUUUUACUGUCAUGUUUUAUAAGUUAAUGUGCCAAAACUAAGAACAUUGCUAUAAGAUCAUCUGUUUAUUAUUUUAUGAGUUUUAAUUCUUUUUAUUACCAGUAAGAGAAUGAUCCAUGCAUCUCAUCAUCGUAUUUGGAAAACGUUCUGUUAGCUGAAUGAGUUCCAGUUCAUCUGAAGCUGUUAUCAUUUUUAAUGCAUCACUUUAUCCUGGUUUGCAACGAGACGAUGGUUUGGACUCUGUGUAUUUUUCUACUGUUUUGUUUGCCAGUUUGGGGAAGUUUACAGUUUGUAAAUAAUAAAUUAGUAUUUUUACACCCA